AUGAUAAAAGAUGAGAUACAAUCGUUGAAAAAUAAAUUGUUCAAUGAAUUUGAGAUAAAGGAUCUUGAAAAACUGAAAUAUUAUCUGGAAAUUGAGGUACUGAGAUUAGCAAGGGGAAUUUUCAUAUGCCAGAAGAAGUAUGUACUAGACCAUCUAGCUGAAACAGGGAUGUUGGAUAGCAAACCGUCUGAGACUCCAAUGAUAGUUAACCAUGGGUUACAAAUAAUAGAAGGAGGGGAAGCAGCCAACCGAGAGCAAUAUCAGAAAUUAGUAGGAAAGCUUAUCUAUUUAUCCCACACACGACCAGAUAUUGUCUAUGCACUUGGGAUAGUUAGUAGAUUUAUGUAUCAACCUUAG